UAGAGUGGAAAGCAGCCCGCGGAACCAUGGGCCGCUCUGCGCAGCUCGGAGGCCAAACGUCGUCGCUCUCCGGCUUUGAAAUGGCGGAGGAAGAGGGGUACCUGACGGUUUCAGGGGAGCGCAUCACGUUGCAACGCCGCCACCACAGCGCCUCCUGCCGGGAGUUCCAGGUCCGCUGCCCGAGGCUGCAGCUGCGAUCCCUCAGUGCCGUCACGUGCACUGUGUGGCUCGUGGCGUACGGACUCUUCGUGGUCAGCCAGAACAAUGUCGUGCUUUCUGCUGCUAUAUUCAUCACACUGAUUGGCUUGCUUUUAUACCUGCACUUUGUGAAAAUUGACCAUGAGUCCCUGUUGAUUGUUGGCUCACUUGGGAUACAGAUGACUUCCUCUUAUGCAUCUGGCAAGGAAAGCACAACAUUUAUAGAGAUGAACCAGGUAAAAGAUGUGGUAAUCAACGAAGCCAUCUAUAUGCAAAAGGUUAUUUAUUACCUCUGCAUCCUUCUCCAGGACCCUGUGGAACCUCAUGUUGUUUCUGAAGUAGUGCUACUGUUUCAGAGUUCCAAACCACGUCUAAACUGCCUUGUAGAAGUAUACAAAAGCUGCCAAGAAAUUCUGGAGCAGAGGAAGAAAUCCUGAUUUUAACAUAAAAUGGUAUCAAGAAUGGAGAUCCUUUCUUCUCUCCUGCUACAUUGGCACAGUAAAACUUUCUCCAGAAGAUGGACAAAUCCUUUGCCUCCCCCCCCUUUUUUUGGCAUGGAGGUGCUACAGACAUUUUGAACAAGACUUCUCCUGCCAAAUGUCUACACAGUUGUAAGUGAAGUAGUUGUUUUCUGAAAAGUUAUACAACACAUUUUUACAGAAAUAAUACAGAGAAAUAAAGUUUUCUACGCCAUAUGAUUCUCUUUUAUUAGUCUAACUAUCAUUUCCAUACAGUAUGCCAAGGCCUUUUAUGUACAGAAAGUAGUUGUAAAAUCAAUGGCUUAUUUAAUCAGUUAUCUCACUUUACAUCUAAUGUCUAGUUAGGCCCAGGAAGAUAGUCAAUAAAAUGAGUUUAGCCUUUGCUACAGUGGAGUCAUACAAAUCUGUCCAGAUAUACAUUUUUCAGAAUUCAGAUAAACUGUAAAGAAAUAAGGGAAGAACAACCUUCAGAACACAGCCAAAGAGCCCGAAAAACCCACAACAACCAAUGUAAAGAAAUACAUAGUAGCAUGUAACUCAUAGGAGGGUUCGGUUUUCUAGAAGUGACUCUUAUGUUACUAUAUUGAGGCCUUAGUUCUCCAUCUUUACAGUGGAAAUGGUGAAUUGGCUCUAAUGAAGAUGCAGUAGCAAAUACAACUUAAUUUGUAAAGUAAUUUCUGGAGCUGCUUGCCUUUUACGGUAAAAUAGGAACAGCAUCACAUACAUGAGAUAUUGGAAACAAUCUGAAGGCUUGAGUGCUAGCAAAGAAACACUUCUUAUCUGACUAUGCAGUUUUAAAAGCCCCUAGGUUGUAACCUGUGUGGAAACAGAUGGCCGUACAUUCCAGGCGUAACCACGUUGUUCAGAAAUGUGGAGGCCAUAAGUUAAAACUUUGUCCACAAGUUUUAAAAAAUUCCUCUAAAACAGCUGUUGAAUCAGACAGCCUGCAGCUGUUAAACAAUCUGAUGUGAAUGGUCCUGACCAACAUGUGAUUAAUCACUGAGUGCAAAACAAACUUCUGGGGAUUAUCUGUUCCUUGUCUCCAUUUCAUCACCUAUUGCCUUAAAAAAAGGACCCUAAAAGAAUGCUGUCACAAGACAGGCAUGAGAUGCAUGAGUCUUUUAAAAUUGGUGAUUUGUCACCAACUGGAAGCUGAAGCUUAUCUGAGCCAGAAGCCAUCGACAGAAAGGCCCUGCCUGUACCUAAGGGCCCAAAAGAAUGUCAUGUGGAUGGAUCUGAUUUUAGGUACCUGCUUAGCCUCAGAUAUACAUCCUGCUGGCAUAUCCAUCCAGAUAUAGAGAUGCAUACAUGUGUGGCUCUGACUUGAUCUAGAGCAGAAACACUUCUCUUCAAGGUUUCUGCCCAUUCAAUGCUUACAGUAACUAUCAUGUUUAUUCAUGGAUACUGAUCAAAUUAAACAAAAAA